GCGGGCGGCGCGGAGGAGGCGGCAAUUGCAGCCGGGACCCCCGGCAAGCGCCGGGCGCGCCAAGAUGUUUGACAGCUCGCAGUAUCCCUACAACUGCUUCAAUUACGACGCCGACGACUACCCCGCCGGCAGCUCCGACGAAGACAAGAGGCUCACGCGGCCCGCGUACAGCUACAUCGCCUUGAUCGCCAUGGCCAUUCAGCAGAGCCCCGCGGGGAGGGUGACCCUGUCCGGCAUCUACGACUUCAUCAUGCGCAAAUUCCCCUAUUACCGCGCCAACCAGCGCGCCUGGCAGAACUCCAUCCGCCACAACCUGUCCCUCAACAGCUGCUUCGUCAAGGUGCCGCGGUCCGAGGGCCACGAGAAGGGCAAAGGCAACUACUGGACGUUCGCGGGCGGCUGCGAGUCGCUGCUGGGCCUCUUCGAGAACGGCAACUACCGGCGGCGGCGGCGGCGGCGCGGCCCCAAGCGCGAGGGGCCGAGGGGUCCGCGCGCGGGGGGCGCCCAGGGGCCGUCGGGUCCGCCCGAGCCGCCCGCCGCUCAGGGGCGCCUGGCCCCGGACAGCGCUGGCGAGGGCGCCCCGGGCCGUGAGCCCCCCGCCAGCCCCGCUCCCCCGGGGAAGGAGCACCCCCGGGACCUCAAGUUCAGCAUCGACUACAUCCUGUCCUCCCCAGACCCCUUCCCUGGGCUCAAGCAGCCCUGCCUCGCACAAGAGGGCAGAUACCCGCGGCCGGAGAACGUGGGACUCCACUUUUGGACAAUGUGAUGUGGAGCCACCCUGGAGGCCCCUGCAGUUCAGUCUGGGGUCUUCCCCGGACCCUCCCUGGAAAGACGAUUCCAGCCCCACCUUGAGCCAAGGAAGCCAGGGUUCGGCAAAUCCUACAAUUUCUCCUGCAGACAGAAGGUCAGGUGCCACACCAGGCCUGGACUGGGGGCACAGGCGGAGGUGGAGCUCCUUAAAGAUGGAAGCAGGACAGCGGCAGAUUUGAGAGCAACCACCAGGUCCCUGAGUGCAAACUGACCACAGAUGAGCCCCUCCUCCCCACUGCUGACUUGCUGGGUAUAGCGGAGCAGCACCCCUCCAGAGAGCCCUCCUGGGCUGACACCUGCCCUUUGCACCCAGCUGAAAUAAAACUCUUGGAAUCUGCUGUC